CCCUGGCUGUCAGUACAUGUCAUUGGCCGGAAACAAAUAUUUGACAAUGACCGAUUUUAUCUAUAGUAUAAGGACCGCACCCCAGGACAUAAUGUAAUCGAUGUUUUGUCUUUUGCUCUUUUAGACUCUUCCUUCACCUAUGCCUUCUGUCACCACUCUCAUUGAUGACAAGGUUCCCCUCAUAAAGUACGACGACACAUGGGAACCGGGCACAUCUACGGACGACCCGCUGGCUGACGGGUAUUAUCUCGGUACAUUCACCACUAACAAUGUCACCAAUGGCGCUGCAACGUGGUCUUUUAACGGAACUGCAUUCUGGAUAUAUGGUUCCAAACGAUCCAACCAUGGCACCUAUACCGUCACUGUAGAUGGCGCAACCUACCCCCACAACGAUGGAAACUCUGCCGUCAAUCUUUUUCAACAAACACUCUUUAACAUCAGUGGACUUACCCAGGGAAUGCAUAGUCUUACAAUAACAAACACCGGGACAGGGUCUCAAUACGUAGACAUUGAUUUGAUUGUGUGGCAAUCGGAGGUUGGAGGGGCGGACGAUCAGUUGGUAACUCAAACGGUACAAGAUACAGACCCCAGUUUCCAGUAUCAGGCUCCUGCGUGGAAUACAAAUCCACCUAGCGUCAAUUUUUUCAACAAUGGCACCGGCCACUCCACUAGUACUUAUAAUGCCAGUGUCACCUACACUUUCACCGGUGAUGCGAUAUCUCUAUACGGCACUGUCGGACCGCAAAACGGACCAUAUUCUGUGCAACUGGACGGAGGAGGAGCCGAGACAUUCAACGCCACUGCAUUCAUGUACUAUCCGCAGACCAUGCUAUACCAUGCUGAUAAUCUUGGAUCAGGGAGUCAUCAACUAUUGGUUACGAAUCUCCCUGCGCAGAACGGUCAAUAUUUGAAUAUUGACUAUGCGCAGGUCUACACAUUGUCUAGUAACUCGAGCACUCAACCAAGCAAUAUAGACGCCGCCAGCGCCUCGAGUAAAAUUGGUGCCGGGCCCAUCGCUGGCAUCGUAAUAUCUGUCAUCGCUGCUGUUUCCGCUCUCAUUGUUGCUGUUAUAUUCUACCGUCGGUGGAGAGCCGCGCAAAUUUUUAUACGGCAUCAUGAUAUUUACAGGAUAGACAGCCCUCAACGACACGCAGGUCCAGCAUCGUUGAUUUCAGUGCGCCCUACACCUCUGGACACGAGCGAAGCCAGCCUCGCCAGGCUCGAUCCUGCGCCAAUCACAGGCUCGACUACAUCCAGGUCCUAUCAACAUUCAGAUUAUGGAUAUCAACAUGUACAGGCUUCUCAGCCGCAGCGGCCACCACCGCAGGGCACUUGGGCCAUUCAUAAUCGGGCUACAUCAGAUUCCGAUGGUACUCAGGAUUCUCGCGCCCCACCUAGUGACAUCUCAAUUAUUGGCAGUUCCCUUAGCCCUCAACGGUUAUCGUCAAAUGGCGAGCUUUUGAACAGACGUCCCCUCCCAACAGCACCUAUCCCCAGAUCUCAGGAAAAGGCUCCGCAAGACGGUAGGACGAAUGAUGGUUUGGCAGAUGGCGAAUUACCUCCACCUAACUAUCGUCAAGCCACAAGUAGUACUGAACUUUUCAUAUUAGCAUUUAUUAUACCUGUGUACACAACACGGGAAACUGUAUAUUUACGAUUCAAUUUGCACCUGGAAUAGUUAGGACAAGACAGUAUCUUAUCUGACACGUUCCCUCGCAACUCUAAGAAGUUCAGCCCCUCUACGACUAGACAUGAGCUACGGUAUUCCGUGUUG